UAAAUCAUCUUUCAUAUCAGACAUCAGAGAAAUAAGGGGAUAAACAGGAAGAACCCUAAUUAAACCCUACACAAAUCCAGUUGGAAAAGGAAAAAAAAAUUGAAUUGCUCCGGAGACACAGCCAAAUUACAUAGUGGCCUCAAGAAUCAAGUGUUAAAAUGUUGGACGAGAAAAUAUUUGACGUGGAGUUGAGUUUGUUGGCGCUUCGAGUGCCGCGGGAGCAUUGCAAGCUCGCAACACGGAUUCUAAAUGGGCAUUUACUUGACAGACCACGCAUCAAACCUGUAACUGAGGAUCCGACGUCUGAUAAGAAUCGCUACAUGCUAUUGUCCGAGAAGAUUAAAAGUCCUGAAUUAUCCGAAAUUCCUGCUGGUAAAGUUGAUGAACUGAAAGAGCUCUUUGAAAUCCAAGUAGUUCCGUAUUCGAUGACACUUGGUUAUUCAUAUUGGGGUGCAGAUCAUAUACUAAAGCAGAUUCUUCCACCUGGGUUUGACGUACCUUCAUCAUUUGAGACCAUAGGUCACAUUGCCCACCUCAAUAUACCAGAUGAGUUACUCCCAUACAAGGAUGUUAUUGCAAAAGUUAUCUAUGAUAAAAAUUAUCCACGAAUCAAGACCAUUGUCAACAAAGUUGGAUCGAUAACUAAUGAGUUUCGUGUGCCAAAAUUUGAAGUAUUGGCAGGAGAUUCAGAUAUGGUUACAGAGGUGAAGCAGUAUGGAGCAACCUUCAAGCUUGAUUACAGUUUGGUCUAUUGGAAUUCUAGGUUGGAACAUGAGCAUUUAAGGCUAAUUUCUAAGUUCCACACCGGGGAUGUUGUGUGUGAUAUGUUUGCUGGUAUUGGCCCUUUUGCUAUUCCAGCAGCACAAAAAGGAUGCCAAGUGUAUGCAAAUGAUUUAAAUCCUGAUAGUGUUCGUUAUCUAAAUAUUAAUGCACAAACCAACAAGGUUUCUGAUCUUGUCCGUGCCUACAAUUUGGAUGGGCGGAAGUUUAUAUCUUCACUAAUGGAAGUACCUUCAAGUGAUACAUGUCUGGUGUCUAAUAAAGAAAACUUGAAGACUUCUGAGGAAGAGGACAUGCCUCAUAACACACAGAUAAAGCUGGAAGAGAGUUGUCUAACUGGUGAGACUGGUGCUGAAUUUGAAAGUAAUGAACUGUUGAGAGCAAAGGUAGAAGGAAAUAUAACCUCUGUAAAAAGACGCUCUGAAAGCUUGCAUGAAGAAAAUGGAAACGGUAGCAGUGCUGGUAACUGUGUUCCUGAAAGGAAGAAACGGAACUUGAAUAAGCAUGUUACAGGAUCUCGCCCUUUCAGUGCGAAGCCCUGGGAGCACAUUGAUCAUGUCAUCAUGAACCUACCUGCUUCUGCUAUACACUUUCUUGAUUCCUUGAGAGGUGUUAUCAACAGAAAAUACUGGAAAGGGUCUCUUCCGUGGAUACACUGUUAUUGCUUCAUACGAUCAAAUGAGACAGAGGAUUCAAUAAAAUUAAUAGCCGAGGUUGCAGUUGGGGCUAGUAUACAAGAUCCAAUAUUUCACAGGGUUAGAGAUGUUGCGCCAAACAAGGCAAUGUUUUGUUUAAGCUUCAAGUUACCUGAGGAAGCCUGCAUUGGGGGUGCUGAGACUCCGACCGAAAUCACCCCUGCUUUGUGAUGGGGUACGGACUUUGCUAUAGCCAUCAAAACUACUUCAUGAUCAGAUGCAUCUGCUCCUUUUCAAUGGGAAAACAAUCGUUUUAUGCCAAGUGCAGCUGCUGUUGUAGCCUAUAGGGAACCCACAUUUUUGCACAUUGUUUCUUGGUGUUAUCAGUUUUGUAUUGGAACAUGUAUAAAAGUAUUUAAUGCUCUGUCUUCAAGAUUCUGGUAGAGAGUUUAGCCAUAGUAAUUUUCAGUUUGCGAAGUAAUCUUUUACCUUGAAGGAUUGAGUA